GACACAGCCUUCUAAUCUGUAUGGGCGACAUCGAGGCCGGGCAGGCUCUGUGGAGACUGAAAUAGGCUGGAACUUAAGUCUUGCCUUUCCUUGCAGAGAAGCCCAAGUCCUCUUGCUCUCUAAGAGUUCAUGUUUGGGACAUGGUCCGGUCCUGAAGCAUGUCACUUUCCCGCGCUGCGUGAAAGUCCUGAGUCCUUGAAUCGAAACACCAGUCGUUAGGGCAGUCGACAGCACAUCCAACCAUCAUGUCUAUUCCCGUCGGGCCCGGCGACUUGGUCAUGCUCGUGAAGGGCCUGUGGAAGCUAGCCGAAAUCCUACAGGGCGGGGCUGAGGAAAGUUUUCGACGAUGCGCAAAGACAUACAAGCGGUUUGCCCUCCUGUCCAGCUCGCUGAAUGAGCUCAUCGACAACAACGAAAGCCUCCAGAGAAACGAGUUCUUCAACAAUGCACGAAGGGGUAUUGAUCGGAUGCUCCGCAACUAUUUCAAGGGGAUUCGGAAGUUCGAGCGGUAUCUCGGUCGCGGACGCGUUGACGAGGGGCUGCUCCGCGCGAUCGCCAAGCUGCGAUGGGUUCGCCAUUCCGACAUGCUUGAAGAACUUCGGGAGGAGCUGGAGUUCCGUUUUGCUAUGGUCAGCCCUUUCGUGGCAAUGUUUAGCCCUAACUGUACCAUCCGCAUCCUUCACGGCACGCCGACUGUGCCCGGAAAUGUGCCCCGUGGCAAUCACUUCGUUCUCGAGGAUGCUCGCCGUAUACGCUGGGCAGUCUAUUUCUCGGACGCCCCGGAUUGGAAUCACUUCCAUCGACUCCUCGGAGAACAGAUAUUCCCCAAACAAGACCGUGGUCAUAGUUUCAUCAACUCCAAGUCGUACGUCCUCCGUAAUAUCAGUACCUCUCAGAACAUCUUGCCCGGCAGCCCGGGCGUCAAGCUUCUUCGCGGCGUGAUAAACCCGGACGACCGAAUGGAGAUGAAUGUCAUCGUUCCCUACGACGACGAGGACACCGAUUUGUGUCCGCGGUGCGGGACAGAACGAGGGGCAGACGGGUCUUCUUCUCUUGAGGUGUCCUGGUAUGUGAACUUGAGGGGAAUGCUGCCAUAACCGUCUUGCUUACCGUGACGAC